CUGGCCCUAGGAUUUUCUUUUUCUUUAUUUUUUUGUUGCCGUUGCUGCCGUCUCCGCGGCCGCCGCCGAGUGUCAGUUUCAGCGCCACCGCCUGCGGUCUCUGCGCCUCAGCUGCCCGCCGCCUCACUCCGCAGCCGCAGCUCUGCGCGCCGGCCCCGCCGAGCGUUCUGCCCCGGGUCCGAGGGCGCCCGGCGCGCACUGAUGGCGCACUCGGCGGCAGCGGCGCCGCCGGGCGUCCUGGAGCAAGGCUGCCCCAUCCGCGUGGAGCACGACCGCCGGCGCCGCCAGUUCACCGUCCGGCUCAACGGAUGUCACGACAGGGCUGUCCUGCUCUACGAGUAUGUUGGCAAGCGGACCGUGGACCUACAGCAUACAGAAGUUCCCGAUGCCUACCGUGGGCGAGGCAUUGCCAAGCACCUUGCCAAGGCUGCGCUGGACUUCGUGGUGGAGGAGGACCUGAAGGCCCAUCUCACAUGCUGGUACAUCCAGAAGUAUGUCAAGGAGAACCCCCUGCCGCAGUACCUGGAGCGCGUGCAACCGUAACCCCAGCCCCUAAGGCGGGAAUGCUCUGUUCCGGACCUUUUCACAUGGCCUUCACCUGGCCAUCUGUGUGCUCUCAGGAAACCUCAGCCCUGUUGGGACCAGGCUCAGUUAUUUUUGUAAGGACGCCUCUCAGUGGCCCCAUCUCCAGACCCCUGGUGGCGUCCAUUUGUUUUGGAAGGAGGCCCGGGAUGGUGGGAGAGGACACUCUUCCUGCCUCCGUCCUCCUCCCCUCCUGGGCUUGUCCUCGCAACCGCCAAUGCCUCCCUCCCCAGACCGGUCAGCCCCCUUUUCCCUCUUCCCUGCAGAGAGAUGGGGGCAGAGACGGCAGGCUGAGAGUGCCAUCCCAAGAGAAGGGCUGGCAGAGGAUGCCGGUGGGUAGGGAGCUGGUUGCUGUGGUGAAGGGGGAGGCCGGGCAACAGUGGUCCCCACAACACCCACUCUGCAGAGAGGGGCAGCUUCUCAGGAGGCUGCUCCAGCCUGCCCAUGCCUGUUGGGGUGAGCAGGUGAGGACCCAGGGCCAGGACAGAGCAUGGAUAGGGACAUAUCUGUGGCUAGCCUGGGGGUCCCACCUGCUGGUCCCUGCUGUGGGCUUUCUGGAGGGACAAGGGGCAGGGCAUGUCAUCAGCGGGAAGGCUGAUUUGGAACCCCUGCUUCCACCUCCAUGGUCGAUGUCCUUUCUGCAGAUGAGGAGAGUAUUCCCUAAGGCCAGAGGAGCAGUAAGAAAUCUUGUGUGCCAGCUGCCGGGGGUGGUAGCUCCAAGCCUUGGCUGCCACCAGGGCGGCGCCUUCUCUUUCUCCUACUUUUCUGCCCUGGUGCGGGGGCAAGGCCAAGGACGAAGGAUAGUUUGCCUGAGAGAGAGGAGAAGGGGUGACUGAGUGCUGGCCCAGGCCCCGCUGUGCACACUCAACUGAGGCACACAUGUACACAUGCACACAUGUACACACGUACACAUGUAUGGGAUCUUAAGUGUGGUGGUGCCUCCAGCCAAGGGGCUGAGGGUGGGGAGCAGUUGGCUGCUGUCCUCUUUUCAGUACCCCAUUUCCUUCUCCUUUUGUCUGUCAGCUGUGCUGGAAACCGAGGCCUCCAGUCCCCACACCCCGCUGCCCCCUAUUUGUCUCUCUUCUGUCAGGAGCCCAGCCCCAGGGCUGCCAUCUGGGUGUAGCCAAAGUGAAUACAGGCCCCCUUGGCAGGGAUCCCCACUCACUAGUCACUGACGUUGUUGCCACAUGGUGGGCUUCCUCAGAGACGACGCUUCGGAGCUGGGAGGGAGGGAGGCAAAGCAUCUUUAAAUACCUGCCCUGCCGCACAAGAGGAGGGCAUGUGUCUGCCGAGGGGUUCCCUUUGCUGCUGCCAGACAUCUGCCAUGGGACACUGUGGUGGGGCGUGUCUUGGUGGCUGUGGGCCCAGGGUCCCCCCCCCAUCAGCCCCUGUGUGGAGCCUGGCUAGCCACCAGGACACACUCGGCUUUUCUGAGGGAUUCCUUUUGGGGGCAGCAGGCAUCUCUCUGGUUCGAGGUCCUUACCUCCUAUCCCUCACUCUCCACAACGGUCAGAUCCAUUCCUGCUCCUCUGUGGAACUAGAGAAGGACCCUGGAGUCUGAGUCCCUUGUGUGCUGAGAUGUCGGUCGGCAGUGAGUCCCUGGGGGAUGCCCCCCCCGCCCCCCGCAACCAGGCCACGACUCGAUGGUACAGGCAGGGGUAGAACCAGGAGCCCCACCACCAUGCCACC